AUUCCUAAUUAUAUGCAAAACAGCUGUAGAUAAAUGGAGAUGCGACGUUUGCAUAGUUGAUUUUGUAGCACAUAUUUUAUUAAAAACAACACGAUUUUCGGAAAGCCGCUAAAAGUUCAAUCAAGGGCUAAAAAUUAUUACUAAAUUGUACAUUUUACCAGGUCAAAUAUAUCUGCUUAUAUGUAUAAGGUGCUGUAGCAUAUUUUAUUGGAGCUAGUGCUACCAAAUGAAAAACCUGUAACAUUUCAAACUACGAAUCCCAUAUACGAAUGCGGCGGGUAUGUAGCGCUGUCGGCGAAAUGACUCCCCCAAUUGGACACGUUUAAUUUUGGUAGUGGAGCGUGAAGUUCUAAGCACUUUAACUGAAGGUUGUGUGGAUUAUAGUCACUGGAAGUAUUGCCAGUAUGGUCAGCAAGUGGAGGGGCUGCUUGAGCCUAUAAUUGAAAUUAAAAUUGCCUACGGAGCUACGGAAACUCAUUCGUAUACAUAUUGUACAGAAGAGUAAAAGCCGUUUUCACAUCACCGGACACGAAAUCAUGAACUAGAUACAUUGCUGACUAGAAAAACUUCGAAGUCGCCAAAAAUUGAAUUUGAUGCAUUUCCUACCGAUUGAGAUCGAAACUCCCACCUGUUUCGCAUAAAAAUGCGUUCACGCAAGAUUCUUAUCAUUGCUGGGUUUCUUACAACCUGGACUUUUAUAACCUAUUAUUUUUUAAUACGGAAUAGUACCAUGUACCCGUCAAGGGAUCGUUUGCUUCUAAAAAAAAUAAAUAAAUUGGAACGUGAAUCACAUGCUGAGAACAAAGAAAACAGCAGACUUGUUGGACAACUCAUUGGCAUUAUAAAAGAAAAAAUUAUAGCAAAUGACGUAGAGGAGUCACUUCCAUCUAAGCAAACAAAAGAUCGCCCUAUAGGCAUAGUCGCCCUUUCACCAGAUCACCUGCUGGGCUUACAAGAACCUGGUCAAGUAAAUAGCCAUGAAGAUAAUCCACCGGAGGAUGAGAUAGGAGACAGCGGUAAAGAUCCACCAAUCGUCAAGCCAAUCAUGACUCAUAUGCCAAAUGGAGAUCCCGUCAUACCAAUAUUAGUAAUUGCAUGCAAUCGUGUAUCUAUUCGAAAGUGUCUAGACAACUUGGUUCAAUAUCGCCCAAAUGCUGAUCAAUUUCCAAUCAUAGUAUCACAGGACUGUGGUGAUCAACAAACAAAGAAAGCUAUACUGAGUUAUGAAUCGCAAGUCACAUUGAUAGAACAACCAGACCUGUCGGACAUAUUAACGCCACCACGAGAGAAGAAAUUUAAGGGAUAUUACAAAAUAGCGCGCCAUUAUGGUUGGGCAUUAAAUACCACAUUCCAAAAAGGCUACGAAUAUGUCGUCAUUGUUGAAGACGAUUUAAACGUUGCUCCCGAUUUCUAUGAGUACUUUUUAGGAACACAUACUUUACUGAAACAGGAUCCUUCACUUUGGUGUGUAUCUGCUUGGAAUGACAAUGGCAAGGAUAAGUUUGUUGAUAACUCAAAGCCUGAGGUCUUGUAUCGAACUGAUUUUUUUCCGGGACUUGGAUGGAUGCUUACUAGAAAUUUAUGGCAAGAGUUGUCAGUGAAAUGGCCAAAGUCAUUUUGGGACGAUUGGAUACGGCAUCCAGAACAGCGAAAAGAACGAGCCUGCAUCAGACCUGAAAUAUCCCGGACGAGAACCUUUGGAAAAAUUGGCGUUUCAAACGGCUUGUUCUUCGACAAAUAUCUGAAGUAUAUAAAACUUAGUGAACAUUUUGUAAAUUUUUCUAAAAUGAACCUCAGCUAUUUAUUAAGGGAAAACUACGAUCGCACAUUUUUGAAUGAUGUUUAUUCUUACCCUAUUGUAACGUACGAAGAACUUCGUAGGAAUCUCAUUAAAACAGACGGACCCGUUCGAAUACAAUACACCACUAGAGAGCAAUAUAAACAUAUAACAUCAAUUUUAGGACUCAUGGGUGACUUCAAGAGUGGAGUACCGCGUACUGCCUACCAUGGCAUUGUUUCAUUCUUUUUCCAAAAGCGUCGAGUUUACUUGGCUCCAAAUGCUAACUGGAAAGGAUACGAUCUCUCAUGGAGCUAACAGAAUAUCAUCACCGUUUUGAAUUUAAACUAGAAAGCAAAUUUUGAGAGCUAAUAUUUUUAAUGUAUAAUACCAAACAUAGCGUUAAAAGCACCCCAUAUUAAAUUCAUGUGUCGUUUGUCAAAAGUGCUUUUUCAUACAUUUGCAUCUGUGUAUCGUACUACUGUAAAAUAUGUAUAAAUCCCAAGCCGAAUACGAGGACAUGUUGAUUAUUAAUAACUAUUAGCCACAACCAAAAACUAAAUUAAGUUAGUUUCGUGCGAGUGAAUUUAAAUUUUUUAGUUUUAUUUUUUUUUUAUGGUACUAGUUGAUUAGUAUCACAAUUUACAUGUAAUAUAAAAAAUACUAUUUUUACACUAUCACUCCUGCGAACUGAAAGAAAUAUCUACAAAUUCCUGCUGGAAUAAUUUUUGCUCAUUCAAUGAAUCCACUAAUAUAUUAUGUAUAAUAUGCUCUCUAAAACAUGCAAUGUUAACCUAUUUAUAAUUAUACUAUUUUUGUGUGAUUUUCCUUUAAGUAAUAGAUAGAUAAUAAGUUUGCCAAUAUUAAAGGAAAACAAUAAUUUUUGUUGAAUACAAGUGCAUUUGUAUCUUCUCCUAUUUACCAAGUGACAGACUUUUGUGAUUUGUAUAUGUUUUCCGAAGAAGUUCUUCCUCAAAUAAAGUUUGCAAUGGUAAUCUGCGAGACCAGAAAAAGCUAUGUAAAUACAGCAGUACAAAUAUGUAGCUACGUUCGUAAUCACGGAAGCGCACGGGGAUCGUGGUGCCGAUGUGUUUGUGCGAAGGAUACAAAACGGAUAAAUAUGCAUACAUACUUAUGUAUAAAAAAUUGUUGCAAUAUUGCAAAAAAAAAUGUAUAAAUUAUUUUAUUGUGCCACAACAAGUUCUUGUAUAGCAAUGAAUAUUACUGAAUAAGGUAUUUUUAAGUACCAAUCACUAUGAAUAAAUAUACUUUAUAAGCUCUUUGAAACUUUUAA